AUGGCUUCCACCACAAUGCGGUUCUCCGCCACUUCCACCGGCGCUGAGGCGCUUCCCCGCCGCAACUCUGUCACUGGAUUCAUAACCUUCGCCACGAGAUCCUCCGCCAAAUCGAGGCCCAGGUUUAUUGGAAGGAGCUUCAAUUUGAGCCUCCUCCGGAGGCGGAACUCUUUCUUCUCUGUGAAGUGCGUCUCCGGAAGCGAGGCCAAGCGGAAACUACACGAUCCCGUGGCUCAACCACAAGAAGCUACAACCUCUCCCAGCUCCUUGACGCCAGAUGCUUCAUCUAUUGCUUCAAGUAUUAAAUACCAUUCAGAGUUCACUCCAUUGUUUUCUCCAGAGAAUUUUGAUCUACCACAGGCUUUUUUCGCUACUGCACAAAGUGUUCGUGAUGCUCUCAUUAUAAACUGGAAUGCUACCUAUGAUUACUAUGAGAAGCUGAAUGUUAAGCAGGCAUAUUACCUUUCGAUGGAAUUUUUGCAGGGUAGAGCAUUACUAAAUGCAUUAGGCAAUCUAGAGUUAACUGGUCCUUAUGCGGAGGCUUUGACCAAGUUUGGGUAUAAAUUAGAAAAUGUGGCAUACCAGGAACCAGAUGCUGCACUUGGAAAUGGUGGUCUUGGGCGACUUGCUUCAUGUUUCUUGGACUCUUUGGCAACCUUGAACUAUCCGGCUUGGGGGUAUGGAUUGAGAUAUAAGUAUGGCUUAUUUAAACAGCGAAUAACCAAAGACGGGCAGGAAGAAGUUGCUGAAGAUUGGCUUGAGAUGGGCAAUCCUUGGGAGAUUGUUAGAAAUGAUAUUUCGUAUCCUGUAAAGUUCUAUGGCAAGGUUGAAUCAGGGUCUGAUGGUAAGAAACAUUGGAUUGGAGGAGAAGAUAUAAAAGCUGUUGCACAUGAUGUUCCCAUACCAGGAUAUAAAACUAAGACUACAAUCAACUUGAGACUUUGGUCUACAAAAGCUGCAUCAGAAGAAUUUGAUUUAUAUGCUUUUAAUGCUGGAAGGCACACUGAAGCAUCUGAGGCUCUAGCAAACGCUGAAAAGAUAUGCUAUAUACUCUACCCUGGGGAUGAAUCAAUAGAGGGCAAGAUCCUUCGUCUCAAGCAACAAUAUACUUUAUGUUCUGCUUCUCUUCAAGACAUUGUUGCUCGUUUUGAGAGAAGAUCAGGAGCAAAUGUGAAUUGGGAAGAGUUUCCUGAAAAGGUUGCAGUGCAGAUGAAUGAUACUCACCCAACCUUGUGCAUCCCAGAGCUGAUGAGAAUCCUAAUAGAUGUAAAGGGUUUAAGUUGGAAAGAUGCUUGGAAAAUAACACAAAGGACUGUAGCAUAUACAAACCAUACUGUUCUUCCUGAGGCAUUAGAGAAAUGGAGCUUGGAUCUUAUGCAGAAACUGCUUCCACGCCAUGUUGAGAUAAUAGAGAUGAUUGAUGCUGAGCUGAUUCAGACCAUAAUUGCAGAAUAUGGCACUGCAGAUUCAGACUUGCUGGAGAAUAAAUUGAAGGAAAUGAGAAUACUAGAAAAUGUUGAAUUGCCUGAAGAAUUUGCAGAUGUACUGGUUAAGUCGAAAGAGACCACUGAUACUCCUAGUGAGGUACUGCAAAGUUCUGAACAAGUAAAAGAACAAGAAGAAGAACAAGAAGAAGAACAAGAAGAAGAACAACAACAAGAACAAGAAGAAGAAGAAGAAGAAAAAGAUGAUAAUGUUGAAGUGGAAGGAGCCAUUGCUAAAAAGAAUGGAGCAGAUAAAAGUUCCAUUGAGGAUGAGAAAGAAGAAUUGCCUGUGCCAGUACCAGAACCACCAAAAUUGGUUCGUAUGGCAAAUCUCUGUGUUGUGGGUGGUCAUGCUGUGAAUGGGGUUGCCGAGAUACAUAGUGAAAUUGUAAAAGAUGAAGUUUUCAAUGCGUUUUAUAAGUUGUGGCCUGAGAAAUUCCAAAACAAAACAAAUGGUGUGACACCAAGGAGAUGGAUCAGGUUUUGCAAUCCAGAUCUGAGUAAAAUAAUAACCGAGUGGAUAGGCACAGAGGAUUGGGUCCUAAAUACAGAAAAAUUGGCUGAGCUACGGAAGUUUGUAGACAAUGAGGAUCUACAACUGCAGUGGAAGGAAGCAAAGAGGAGUAACAAAGUUAAAGUUGCAGCAUUAAUCAGAGAAAAAACAGGAUAUUCUGUCAGUCCUGAUGCAAUGUUUGACAUCCAGGUGAAGAGAAUCCAUGAAUAUAAGCGACAAUUAUUGAACAUACUUGGAAUUGUUUACCGAUACAAGAAAAUGAAAGAACUGAGUGCUGCAGAAAGGAAAAAAAGUUUUGUUCCUAGAGUUUGUAUAUUUGGGGGAAAAGCAUUUGCGACAUAUGUGCAAGCCAAAAGAAUUGUGAAAUUUAUUACAGAUGUUGGGGCAACCGUAAAUCAUGAUCCUGAAAUAGGAGAUCUACUAAAGGUUAUUUUUGUCCCUGAUUACAAUGUCAGUGUUGCUGAGAUGCUUAUUCCGGCAAGUGAAUUAUCACAACAUAUCAGUACUGCUGGAAUGGAAGCAAGUGGAACCAGCAACAUGAAAUUUGCAAUGAAUGGCUGUAUAUUGAUUGGAACUUUAGAUGGGGCCAAUGUUGAAAUUAGAGAAGAGGUUGGUGCAGACAACUUCUUCCUCUUUGGUGCCGAGGCUCAUGAAAUUGCUGGGCUGAGGAAAGAAAGAGCAGAGGGAAAGUUUGUCCCCGAUCCACGAUUUGAAGAAGUCAAAGAAUUUGUCAGAAGUGGUGUUUUUGGAUCUUACAACUAUGACGAAUUGAUAGGAUCCUUAGAGGGGAAUGAAGGUUUUGGUCGAGCAGAUUAUUUCCUUGUGGGCAAGGACUUCCCCAGCUACAUAGAAUGCCAAGAGAAGGUUGAUGAAGCAUACAGGGACCAAAAAAAAUGGACAAGAAUGUCAAUAUUAAACACAGCAGGCUCGUACAAGUUUAGCAGUGACCGUACGAUUCAUGAAUAUGCCCGAGAGAUAUGGAACAUCGAACCAGCCCAAUUGCUGUAG